GGCUGGCAUUUGUUUACGUUCUCGCGCCGAUGUUUUCGGUGGGCAGCAGCUGCCGGUCUCAGUGUAAUUUAACGUUCUAAAAGCCGAAAAAAGAAGGGAGAAAAGCAAUGCAACGAGCUUCUAAGCUGUUUCAACCCGCCUUAAUAAUACCCAAAAAUGCUACCAUAAAAUCACAGGACAUCACUUCCAAAAGUCAACGGCUUAUGCUGGAGCAAGGGCUCAUCCGACAGGCAGGAAAUGGAACGUUUUAUCUACUACCGCUCCUACAGCGAUCGCUACAGAAAGCAAUCAAUCUAAUAGACCGGCACAUGGAAAUGAUCGGCGCACAAAGGUUAACACUCCCGCUGCUUACAUCCGCGGAGCUGUGGAAAAAAAGUGGCCGACUAGCUUCCAGCGAUGGUGGAAAGCCGACAGAAUUGCUGCAAACUACCGAUCGGCACGGAAAGGUGCAAAUUUUGGGCCCGACACACGAGGAAUCAAUCACGUCGCUAGUGGCAGCCAUAGCACCGGUUACCUACCGUCAGUUUCCCCUCCGGCUGUAUCAAAUAUCGACCAAGUUCCGGGACGAAAUGAAGCCCCGGUUCGGGUUGAUGCGAGCGAAAGAGUUCCUCAUGAAGGAUCUCUACACAUUCGACGUCGAUCGUGCCCGGUGUCAGGAAACGUACGAGGAGGUAAAUGCCGCGUACGGCAAGCUAUUUGCCGCGAUAGGCAUCCCAUUCGUCAAGGUGGCUGGGGACUGCGGAACGAUGGGAGGUUCGCUUUCGCACGAGUAUCAUUUCCCUAGCGAGGUGGGUGAAGAUCAAUUAAUUCACUGUACCCGGUGCGGUAUGCAUUCGAACGCGGAACUGUUCGCGACCUUAAGCCAACGGUGUAAGAACUGCGCCGGGCAGGAAGAGGCACUCGAACGGCAGGCAGGCAUUGAGGUAGCCCAUGCCUUCAUUCUCGAGGAUCGAUACACGAAAGCACUCGGUGCCGCGUGCCUGCAGCCAAACGGGAAACCUUCCACCCUGCAGAUGGGAUGCUACGGGAUCGGAGUGACGCGCUUAAUAGCCGCCUCGGUAGAGGUGCUUUCGAGCGAAAAGGAAAUUCGAUGGCCAGCUGCCUUAGCACCGUACCGGGUUUGCAUUAUUACACCGAAGGCAGGCAGCAAGGAAGAGUCGGAAGCAUCUCCGUUCGUUGCACAGCUGUACAGAGAUCUGCAAAAGGUGAACCACUGUGCCGGAGAAGUGAUCGUCGACGAUCGCUCACAGUUUACCAUCGGCAAGCGGUUGUUGGAUGCGCGCAAAAUGGGCUAUCCCAUCGUCGUGAUAUUGGGUUCGAAAGCCGUCAGCGAGCAAGUUUUUGAACUGCAUAGCUUAACCCUAGGCACAGAGUUAAAUCUUCCCUACACCGACACUUUGGCCACAAUAGGUGCGAUCCUGUCGAGUGCAGAACCGCCGCCAAGGAUUGCCCAAGAACUGUGAAAUAUAGGUAGGUUUGUUUUAUUAAAUAAAUUCCUGUAGAAAUACGCUCACGCGCGUCAAAAAGUA